AUACUGUGCAUAUUUGCGUUAAUUAAUUAACAGUAAUAGUUUAUCCAAAAGCACUGUUGGGAUUAUUAUUAUUACUUAUCCAAGACAGUUCGAAAACAUUAGUGUUCGAACUUUCUUAUUGUAGUGUUGUUUAUAAAGUGAAGUGUUGUAUGGACCUCCUAUUCGUACUUUUUGAAUAACACUCAGCUUAUUGGAAAAUGUUAACUUUAUAUUAGAAUCAAACGAAGUGUUUAAAGACGAAACAAAUUCUACAGAAACUUAGUGCUAAAUUGCUAAUAAAUAAAUGUUAUAAUUAGUUAAAAAUUUUCAAAUGCUGUUCACAUUUUUUGCAAGAAAAUGAGAAAAGACGGAAAAAAGCGACGUAAAGACGACGACCGGAAUUUAUCUGACACUGAAAGCGGCUGUUCCAACGACAGUUUUAACGGCAGUGCUAAUUCGUCUAAAAAACGAAGAAAACCCCAGCCGGAGAUCCACGAAAUGGAAAUCGAAUAUGACUCUUCCGGAAAACCGAGGUCCCAGGCGAACGCUCGCGAGCGUGACCGAACGCAAAGCGUAAAUACGGCGUUUAUUACGUUACGUACUCUGAUUCCAACGGAGCCAGCGGAUAGGAAGUUAUCUAAAAUAGAAGUGUUAAGACUAGCGACAAGUUACAUAGCUCACCUAAACACUGUUUUAAUGGUUGGAGGGGAUAGUUUUGACCAGCCCUGUAUCAAACACCAGGCAAUGAUACGAGGGGGGAUGGACUGUAUGCCCAAGGCUGUUUGCACGUUCUGUCUUAGUAACAGCAGAACACGACCGAUGAAACCAGACAGUUGUAUGUACAAGGAUAUUAGGGGAGGAAUGCCGAUGCACGUGCGCCGAUGAGACAUCGUUGACGUCAUAUAAACCAAUAACGCCAACUAAACUUUAAAAUAAAGUUAUACGUACAGAUGGAAAAACAGUGCUUCAAGAAUAACCUCCCUUACUUUUUCAAAUACGUUUUUUGGCUAGUGUCCAAUGUUAUCGAAAGGAAUGUUAAGUUUGUGUUUUUGAAGAAUCGUACAUACAAUAUAUUUCAUAAACUUACAUAUUUUGACAAGUAAUUAACUGACACAGUUAUAUCAUAACUGUACCUUUCCUAUGGUGUUUCUUUCUACUUAAUGAGCUCAUUUGUGAAAUGUGUGCAUAGUUUGUUUAUUCACUAUGUUUGUUAUUUUUGAGCAAUAAAUAUAACG